AAAUAUAUAUGAAUAUUUAUUGAUAGUUUACUAAACUACAAGUCUUACCAUUUUCCUCCAUCAAUUACACUUCUUAAAAAAAUCAAACCCCAUUAAUAUUAAUCUACCAAUAAACUUCAAACAUUAAAACCUCUCAUUUGCUUUUUCAUUCUCUCUCACAAAAAAAUGUUUUCACUCAAAAGACCAUCAAAUCUUGAAUGCUUUCUGGAUUCCACAACCCCUGUUGUCCCUUCUCAAUUUUUACCCAAGGGUGAGAUAAUAAAGCUAAAUAGAUUAUGGCAUCCGUGGGCCAGAGAUAAAGUUGAAUUUUUCACAUUAAGUGAUCUCUGGAAUUGCUUUGAUGAAUGGAGUGCUUAUGGUGCCGGAGUUCCGAUCACCGUCGAUGACGGCGGUGAUGAAACCAUCAUUCAGUAUUAUGUUCCUUAUCUUUCUGCUAUUCAAAUCUUUACUAGCAACAUAUCCCUAAAUUAUUUAAGGGAUGAAACGGAUUCUGAAACGAGGGAUUCAUUUAGCGACACUUUUAGUGAUGAAAGUGAGUGUGAGAAGGUGUCACGAUGGGACGGAUGUUCAUCGGAUGAAGGUAUGCCCGAUCAAGAGAUGACUUUUCAUUUGAAUGAUCGAUUGGGUCACCUUUACUUCCAGUACUUCGAUAGAUCAACUCCUUACGGAAGAGUUCCGCUCGUGGAUAAGGUUUAUGCAUUAUCUAAAAGGUAUCCUGGACUAAUGUCAUUAAGAAAUGUUGAUCUUUCACCGGCUACUUGGAUGGCGGUCGCUUGGUACCCUAUAUAUCACAUUCCCAUGGGAAAGAUGAUGAAAGACUUGUCUACGUGUUUCCUAACAUAUCAUACCCUCUCGUCUUCAUUUCAAGAUACGGAUAUUGUAGACCAAGAUGGAUUUGUAAAGACAAAAAGAAAGGAGGGAGAAGGAAUCGGUCUUCCGCCAUUUGGAUUGGCGACUUACAAGAUGCAAGGAGACAUUUGGAUCUCGAGUAGGAAUUCUAGGGACCAAGAGAAGGUAGUUUCACUUUUGAGUGUCGCUGAUUCUUGGUUGAGGCAAUUAGGUGUCCAACACCAUGAUUUUAACUACUUUAUGGGGAAUCGUCGUGGUUGAGAACUAACUACAUGUGACGUCUAAAGAAUUAUGCUCUGACCCAUAUGAGAGUGUCGUCUGGUUUUACGCUUUUGUUAUCACCAGUGGGCCGUGCCUCUCGUCCUACAUGGCUAGGAAGAAGUUAUGUUUAGAUGGUACAUUGUUUUGCACAAUUUGGUUGAGAUCGAGCUUUGACUUUGUUUUUCCUAGUUCCUUUCUUACCUGUCGAGUCAACUCCGCCCUUUGGUUUUUUAGGACUGAAUUGUUUAGAUUUCGGAAAAUUUUAGCGAAAAGAGGCGGAUUUAUGUUAUGUACAUUGAGGAAUCUAAUGAAUGUGAUAGAAAAGUUUGACA